AUGGCAGGAUCGGUGGAGAAAAACUGCACAGCUAAAGAAGGUGCGACGUGCACGAUCGACGGUCUCCUACUACGCGUUCCCUACAAAGUGUGUGUUCGAGCCUGUCACGCACAUUCAAGGACUGCAACAACUGUAUCAUCCUCCUUCGCUGAUGCUCAACUCGUGUCAAGUGGUGAUCUGCUUGAGUUCGUCGCUAAUUCCGGAACAGGCGAUUAUACUUGCAGCGAUGCCGUGUGCAGCAGCGCAAACAUUCCCAUGCAAGCUCCAAGCAACAUCCAAUUGGCAGUUGUAAAUCAGACCGCAGUGAAAGUGACAUGGACUGCGCCAGGUGUCAAAAAGGCAAUGGAUGUGGUUGCAGCAUACGUUGCGGGAUCAGUGGAGAAAAACUGCACAGCUAAAGAAGGUGCGGAGUGCACGAUUGACGGUCUCCUACUACGCAUUCCUUACACAGUGUGUGUUCGAGCCUGUCAACGAUUUCACAGUUCAAAUGUUAUUGACUAUCAGACUUCAUUCAUACGAGAGGAUUGCGCCGAAGUUGAAGGGAUGAAAGGGGAAGGUGCACAUCCGGGCAAUGAAUGUGACAAUCGGCUCCUCAUUCCCACUGUCAUCUGUUCCGUACUUGGCGCCAAUCAGACGACUACCAACAAUGCUGCUCACGAAGUGAAGCAGCGCUAUCGUGGACAAUUGGCCAAGACUGUGGUGAGAGAGGAUCGUUGUUUAACUGACAGUAGCACGUCUUGCCCUCCUUCAAUGCCCGCAUUGGAAAUUGAGCCGUACAUCAACAGUAUCGUUGUUGACUUUAUUGAAUCUCGCGUCGAAUUGCACCAGCAAUCCAAUCUCCUCUCAAUGGACGGUUUAGUGCACUUGGACGAUAUCGCAAAUUGGAAUCCACGCAUAGUCUGUCUUAAAAGACACUACGAAGCAAGCGCCACCAAGUGUUUGGAAAAAAUGGCGUCUUUUAUGCAAUUGCGGGUUAAUGGAAAAGAACAGCAGCAUCGUCCGUGCAAGCAUUUGCAUGUAUCACCCGCCAAUCUCCCCAACAUUGGAUUUUACAUUUUUAAGAAACUUAACAAAUUCGGUAAUGGAUCUUGUUCUCCACGGAAUCAGUACAAUUUCUUCAUUGAUGAUUCUGGAGAUUCUACUAUGCCCUCACCAUUGUCCACCUCCUAUCUACAGGUCUCCUCUCACCUACCUGCAGCGCAAAGUGUCUGGGUUUUGCUUGCCAUCUACAAUUCCACCCAACUCCCAGAGAUUAUCAAAGAUAAUCCGACCCACAAUAGCAUUGAAGCAACCUGGAAUCUACUGCCUAAUGCUUCCACACCGCAUCAGUACACUUACACUGUGUGUGCAAAGCCCGAGAAAUCAACGGAGGGCCUUAUGGUGUGCUGCUAUACAAGCAAGACCAAUUCGUGCACCGUGACCCAUCUCAUUGCCAACACUGCCUACAAUGUCACCAUUGAUGCCUGCUUCACUCAGAAUCCAAAGUUGUGCAGUCUGAAAUCGGAGCCAUUGGUCGUCUACACCAAACCUGUGCCACUGGAUGUAAGAGUGUCGAAGGCAUCCACGACGGACAUAGUAGUGACCUGGAAAGAACCGACAUCCAACACGGAGCUAACCACCAGAUACGAGGUUGGGGUAACUGACAACUUGGAAAAGAAUUGGACCUGCGAAUUUGCGGAGGACAAAGAGCAUAAAUGCAGGAUUGCUGGACUCUCAGCCUGUCUCGUUAUCAACGUCACUGUCCGUGCCUGCGCUCGUGAUGUUGACUCAGUGCCUGUUAAGAAAGAAAGAGACUUGAAGGAGGACUGUGGAGAUUUUGCCCUUGCCGUGCCGCUGCUGCGCCACCUUUUAUGCAUUGAAGAUGGCAAAAUAAAGUGUACACAGUACUGGCCCGAUGGAAUGACGUCGACAUUCGAAUCAGAGAAGUGCACUGUGGAAGUGAGGAAGGAGAGUGAAGAGAACUUCGGUAGCGUCAUACGUCGUGAGUUGAAAAUACAUCCCUCGAGCGAGGCGUCGCCGUGGACCGUCACCCAGUUCCACUUCACGGGUUGGGUUGACAACGAUGCGCCGAAUGUGGAAUCGUUCUACAACCUUGUCGUUAUGCAAAAUGACUUCUUGGCGACACACCCAAUGGGAGUUAAGUGCGGUCCGACGGUUGUACACUGCAGUGCUGGUGUCGGUCGAACGGGCACGUUUAUGGCAGCUCGCUUUCUCCUUGAUCGUCUGCGAACGAAUCCACAGAAUGUGGACAUCGUUGGGACCGUUCUGGCGAUGCGAAAGUGGCGUGCCAACUUGGUGCAAGUUUGGUCACAAUUACAAUUCCUCUACAACUUCAUUGACUUCUGCCUUGGCAAGGAGAAUCUUGGCGUGAAACCAAUCGCACCAGGACCAAAGGCAUUACCAGCUGCACCGUCUGCUGAAUAUAAGAAUGUUGUAGAAGAUCCGCAGGUAAAUGCAAUGAAAUGUGUUGUGAUUCUUGUAAUGGAACUAGCCACUUCCAUUGACCCAAGCUUUACUCAACAUUCAGCAUCCCUCCUUUCCACAGCUGCUGAAUAUGCGAAUUAUGGAGGAGGUGGCCAGUUAACUGCAGUGAAAAGUUUUGGCACAGUGACCGGUUUGUCAAUUGUUAUUGUUCGUGUGGGAGAACUAGCUGAUUCCGAUAAUCCCGGCUUUGCUCUUCACUCAACAUGUUUCUGUCUUUCAGCUACCAAGUACCAGAAUGCUAUGAAGCAUCCUCAGCUAGGUGAUGGUCCUUCUGUACCAGAAAGAGCAAGUGAGUGA